GCGGAGCUGCUUCCGUACCAGUGGCCCACGAGGACGCGAACCAGACGGACUGGCGUGUGAUUGGUUGACGGCCUGCGCGCUCCCGUCGUCUCCUCCCUGGUUUUCUUGGCAUGACCUUUUCCCUUGGCAACCACUUCCUUCCUCCGAGCAUCCAACGGCCAUCUUUAAUCGCAACUGGCCCACCGAAAAGUUCUUUUCUCACGUGUAAACACGGCGGAGCGGCUCGUUUGGCGGCACCGAGGACGAGGCGUGCGGGUUACUACUGUCCGGACACGAUCCUCAGCCCCACCUCCCCCGAACCGAAGGACCGAAGCGGGGCUGUCGCCUUUAUACCACAAUAACGAAGGAUGAGGAAGAAACAGACGGCCAAGCAGAGGAAGACAGAGGAUUCUUGUGACGUGCAGGAGUUUGUGGUUGAGAAGAUCACUCGUCGUAGGAUCUUCAAUGGAAGAGUAGAGUACUUCCUAAAGUGGAAAGGCUUCACUGAGGCAGACAACACGUGGGAGCCCGAGGACAACCUGGACUGCCCGGAGCUAAUUGAGGAGUAUCUGAGAAAUAACCCCUCGAACGAGAAUGAGGAAGUGAAGCAGGAGUUCGUUCCGAAAGAAGAAAUGACGGAGGGGACAGAAAUAUCCCCACCACAGAUACACACUCAGCCCUGCGGCGAUGAUCCAGAUUCGCCCGCAGACUUGGCUGCUUACCCCGAGCUAGAAUGCAUCAUCGGCUCCGCAGACAGACGGGGAGAGCUCAUGUUUUUAGUUAAAUGGAAGAACUCUGGCGACGUGGCCCUGCUGCCGGCCCACGAGGCGAGCACCAGGUGCCCUCAGGCAGUCAUCGACUUCUACGAGCAGAAGCUGACGUGGCACUGCGGAGAUGACGAGCAGUGACGCGCGCCAAAACAGGUCGAGGUGAACCUACGCCGUGAAGCUUUGAAGUUUCGUUUUACCUCUCCCGAGCGGCGUCGCUCAGCUGACCUCAAGCACAUAACGGCGAGCGUGCACGCCGUGCGGUAGACACUAAACGCUGCCUUUUUUCUGCAGCCGAUUAAACUGUAGCCUCUUCUUGUGUUAUCAUGUAGCACACCCUAUCACUGUGGACUGUAUCUUUUUUUUUUUUAAGUCGUGAUUUCAUAUUUCUGCUCUUUGUUUUUGUCCUCCAGUGUGUGUUGUAGCACAUUUUACCAUUAGGCAGUGAACUCACACCUUUGCACAAAACCUUCAGUUAAGUGUGCAAGAAGGAAUUAUGUAUUGCUCAAGAGCUAAAGGCAGUGUAAACCUAAGCCCUGUCAUAUGUGACGUGAAAUACAUAUCAUGUAGUUUUGAGUGUUUAAAGCAAACGGUAGUUGAGUAGAUCGUUUUACACCAGGUACCACCUCAAAAAUACGAAGCUCUUUAAGUACCACCAUAUCGGCCAACAUUAAAAUACAAUAGCAUAGUAGGCCUAAGUGUUCCUCAAAAACAAAAGUUGAAGCCACUGAAACAUUCACGGUUUGAACAGUUAAUUCAGUGAUUCUACCAUGUAACACUAGCGGGAGGCUGUCUGCCACUUAAGGUACUCUCCCUCCAGUUUGCGAACCACCGCACUUCUUGACUAGCAGAGGCACCAUUGAUAACGUCUCAAAACAAUGAUGUGACAUCAGCUGUCGGAAGGUGUGGUCAUCUCCAACUUGCAGUCAUGUACUUCAUACAACAAAGAACAAAGAAUCAGUAUCUUAAUCGUCUGCACAGAAUAUAGUCAGAUUCCAGGUUUUCCUAUUUAAAUGUCAUCUGUCAUACAUGUGCACCCCCCCCAAAAAAAAAAGUGAAACAGAACAACAAAAAAUUCAAACUUUGCCCUUGACUCUACACUUUUUUUGGUCUUAUUUUUGUUUAUUUUAUUGCAGUGUGUGUUUUGUUUGUGUGAAGAGAUAUUUUUGUCCAUUGUGAUGCUCAUUUGCUAAGUAACUAAAGCUUAUAAAUAAAUGUAGCGAAGUAGAGGCUUUAGUGAAUGAAACUACUCUUUGUGCAGUGGGGGAGGGGGACUGUUAGUGCAAAGUUCUUGAUUAAAUGUACUUGGUUGCUUUUUGAAUUUCCCUGUCCCGCUGUGUCCUUGUAAAAUGUAUUUUGUGGCUGAAACUGUUGCCCAGCAUAUUUCCAAUUAGCUGCUUCAUGCCAAAUAUCCCCCCCCCCUUUUUUUGUAAAGACUUUGACUUUUGUUCAUUCAAACAGGUGCUAUUCACCACAGAGAUAAGCAAAAAAGAAAAUAGUCGCCAUUCUGCCCUUAAAGUGUUGUGCACAAUUUUUGCACACAGUCUCAAAAAAAAGUUCAAUGUAGCACUUUAGAUGAGCAGUGGGAAGUCAUCGGUCAGUUAUUCCUCACGUGCAAGGGACGUUUCCUGUUAUGGCACGCUCGACUUAACCUUACACCUCCUCAUAAAACACACCUACUUUACUACUGAGCGGUUGUUACUGUGCGUGAGUGUGCUGUAGACACUGUAGGUCUGUCACAUGGCUGCGAAUAAAAGAAUCAUUGUGUGACCUUUA